UUAAGUAUUAGUUCCAAACAGUAGGACAGAAUUAUCACGGAUAUUGCGAUGAAGGAAUAAAAUGGAAACGGACUGCUUAAAAAUUAUUUUAGCGCUGGCUUUCUUGGUAGAGGUUCACACAAUAGCGACAGACUUUAACUACACAGCAUGUAAAUGGUACAACUCGAAAUGUAUACAAGUCGACAGAAAAGAAUUUGCAGACAAUGUGACGAGCGAAUGGCCACCUGGACCAUAUGCCCUCAUAACACCAAUUGAUGGCUGUCCAGAAUCAAGCGUAAGAGGUUGGAGGCGUGGGUAUCUUUCUUUUACGUGGAGACGUCCACAUACACUAACAUCGGUCACUGAUUGUGAUUUAAAUCACAAAGGUUGUAUCCGCAAUUUAAUCCCAGAUACGUGGCCUGAGUUACAAAGUAACUUGCUGGGACCUUACAGUAAAUAUGCAUUGAGACUAAAUUUUUGCUUCAAGACUGGGAACAAGUCUGUUAUUGACGACAAACCAUUAUGGCCAGCUGGAUCCUACAGUGUGUUUGGUGACGGCAAAAGCUGCCCGGCAGGAUUGAAAAGCUCAGAAAGAAAAAUCAGACUUCCUUCAAUUACUGAAUGGACAUCAAAUGGACACCUUCCUGGUUUUUCGGUGAUAACAGAAGAUACAGACAGUUCUAUAACGCUUCUCCUUCAAACGUGUGAACAGCAGGCUAUUGAAAACGAUGCAAGAGAAUUUUUCCCCAUGGGAUCAUUUAUAUUCACAAAGAAUAAAGAGAAUGCAACCUGUCCACAUUUGCCGAACAAACACAUGGAAACUGAAAGCAUACAACUUCAUACAGAGGUCAACGAGAGUGUUGAAAUAUCACAAUUAUUUAUCAUAUGUUUCUAUCGUCCAAAUACGUUGACAAAUGAUUUCUCUCAAGAGUUAGGCAGAUAUCUUUACACGCCACCAAGCGCACUGCAUUUUCCUGGAAACCCAGCAUUUACAAUUUUUAACCCAACACUUACAUAUGGAGAAAAGAUUUCUACCCGAAUAGCUGAUUUACAGCAUAAAGAUAUGAUCACACUAAGUACGUUGCCACAUGAUUCCCAUUAUACAACGACACCAUGGUUACUUGUGGAUCUUGGUCGAAACAUAAUCGUUCUUGGAUUGCAAUUCACAAACUAUUCUCUGAAGGAAGUUGAAAGUGUAGGCUAUUUAGGCGAAUUAAAUAAAACAGUCAACGGAUACAUAUGUCAGAGAUGGGAUGCGCAGACUCCACACAGACAUAAUUAUACGAGUGAUUGGAAAUAUGAGAAAAAUUUCUGCAGAGAUCCAGAUAGCAGUGGCAAAAUUUGGUGCUUUAGUCAGUCUCUUUCCCUCCGAUGGGAAAUAUGUGCUGAAAAUGUUUUCGAGUUUAGAGAAAAGGUAGGACCUUUUUCAAAAUGUUUCAUCAGUGAAGACAGGUGGAGAAUAGAUGAGUUUGGAGGGAUAUCAUGUCAAUAUACAGUAUCACAUAACGAUGGCUCCUUGAAUAUCAACUUCCAAAGAGAUUUGGAAGGUCGUUAUGUUAAACUUGUGAGUCAUGAAGGCAUAGAAAGUUCAAAGUUUUAUAGUUCUGCAAAGAACGUCCAUGUUCUGACGUCGGAACAAAUUGCAUAUGCAGAUAGCAUGUGCAACAUUGACCUUGGAAUGGGUGAUGAACGUAUACACGACCACCAGAUUUCUGCAUCAUCAUGGCUUCCACAAUUUUUACCCACGUCCGGUAGACCAUUCUCUUCUGGAUGGUGCGCGGAUCCAUCUGAUAUGCAGCCAUACAUCGCGGUUGAUCUGGAAAAGGAUACAACAAUUGAAGGUAUCACUUUCUUUAACUGGGGACUAUUGAACGAAUACAUUUCUGAUGGUAAAUAUAAAAAGACAUAUAUGCACUUUGGAAGCAGUAAAUUGUUGGUUCACUACAGGAAUCGGCAGAACAAUACCUAUACAAAUAAGACUUACAGCUUGGACAUGUUUUUGCCAAUAGAUAUUCCACAGACAUUUCAUCACAAUCCAAUUCGAGCACGAUAUAUCAAAAUAUAUAUUACAGAGGCAAUAGCAGAAAAUUACAAAUGCCUUCGAUUUGAACUUCACGGAUGUAAGCAACGCGAUGAGAUUGCUCUUCCUGAAUUGGUAUCAACUAAAUGGAAUUUGGAACAGUCGAAAGAUGAGUCCAUCAUGCUUAACAAUGUAUUACAAAUUUUGAAUGAAGCUUGUGAAAUUAGUAACAUCGCCUACCCAGCACAUUACCUAGGAGGCUUUUCUUAUACAUGGAUCAUUGAUUUUCCUGAAGGCAGAUAUAUCCAACUUGUUUUCACAGAAAUGUCGUUGAGAAGAUAUGAAACACGUGUUUGGAACCAGUGCCAAGACAAGCUCGUAUUUUCCAAAACAAUUAAGGAUGCUAGCUUGUAUAUAGAUGAACGAUUCAACGGUUUAGUAUCAAGGAUAGAAACCGAUCUUACCUACAUGAUUUUAACAUUUUCAUUGUGCAUACCUACUUCAAAAAUAGAAAGGGUUGGAAAUGGUUUCAAAGCAAGUGUGAUGUCUAAAGCAAUACCAACAUGUUUUGCUGCAAGAAGACAAACGAACAACACUGUUCACACCGACUGCUUUCAACCAUCUAUGUACAUAACGUCUCGGUCAGUUCUUAAUUUCCCCGCCGCAAAUGUUCAUGAAAAGUGGAGUAUACAUGUCAAAAGGUGUUCAAUACAUUUGAAGGUUAUUUACUUUAAUGUGGAUUGCGACUCAGGUCAUUUAUUGACAAUCAUAGAUCGGUUUUCUGGAAACAGCAAAUAUUGUCAUUCCAAAAGGCCUCCAGCAGAUUGGUAUUCAGAUUCAGACACGAUUGAUAUCGUCUUUGAGAAAGGAAGCAUAUGGGGAUCUAAAGAAGGGUUCAAGGCGUUGUAUAGAACGCACAACAAAUCGAUUACUAAUUUAAUACUUUCAAAUAAAUACGCCAAAGAUUCUGCAUCGAAAAAUGCAGAGCAGUCAACGUAUCAAGGAUGUUCCGGGAUAUUCGGGAAGUGUUAUAAUAUAUACUCUGGAAAAGCUAGAUCAUGGAAUAAGGCGAGACAGGAAUGCUGGAAACGACAUUCAAGACUAGUUGCUAUUCAUUCUGAUGAUGAGCUUGAACUGAUUAAAUAUAUGCUACGAAACUUUAGGGAUGUCAACAUUGAAAAUGACACGCAAGAAACGGCUUUUCCUUUCGACAAUCCUGAUCCUAACUACUUUACUCACAUUGGUUUAGCUCGGACCUCAAUUGAAGCAGGAUUUAAUCUGCACUUAUGGGAGGACGGAUCUCCAGUAACAUUCUCAGCAUGGAAAGAAGGCGAGCCAUCGGCAACUAAUUCUGAUUGCACUCGUAUGAGCUUUCAUCUUUUUCAUACUAACAACACCUGGGAGGCGGAAAAUUGUGAAAAUGGACUGGCUAGCUAUUUCAUCUGCGAACAUAAUUUCAUGGACGCCGAAAUAAAUUCUUCAAAGUAUCGCUGUUAUACCACACACUCAGCAUAUUUAGGCCAUUGGAACAAAACAUGGUCUGGAAAGGUGUGUCAGUCAUGGAAUUCCCAGUUUCCGCAUGAUCAUGAAGCAUUUUUAGAUUCACAGUUUCCCGAUGGAUCAGUCGUGAACGCAGUGAAUUACUGCCGUGACCCGUACAACGAAGGAUAUCUAUGGUGUUUCACGAUGGACAACGUUACUAUAUUGGAACAUUGUAUAUUUGAUUACAGAUAUCAACUUUCGAAUUUUACAAGCGACAUCAUUCACUCAAAGAACACGUUCCGGUGCAAAAACGGCGUAACAAUUUCUCACAAGUAUUUAUGUAAUGGUAAACCAGACUGUCUUGACCUUUCUGAUGAGAUUAACUGCACACGUAAUGAGCAUCAACUUAUGCUGAAAAGAGCAUUUCCAGCUGACAUUAUGGAUAGAAAUAACACAUAUUCGCUGUUUCAUUGUGAAAGUAAAGAAUGGGUCUCGAUGUUGGCUAGGUGUGACAGAGUGAUAGACUGCAGUGACGCUUCUGAUGAAAUCAAUUGUUCCUUAAAUAAAAGUGUAUUUGAAGAAAAUGAAGCAAAGCAUGCAAUGUGCACCAAAGGUGAAUAUUCCUGCGGGGAUGGUAGCUGUAUACAUAUCAGUCAAAUGUGUGAUUUUAUUGUUGACUGUAUAGACGCAUCAGAUGAAACAUGCGUUUUCCAAUCAUGCUCGACAACUGAAUAUCGCUGUCAGAAUCAACAAUGUAUUCCCAAUGAGAACAGAUGCGAUGCAUAUGUAAACUGUCAAGAUGGUACAGAUGAAGAAAAUUGUGAUGCAGAUGAAUGUAAAGGAAACUCAUUUCACUGCGACAAUGUGAGAUGUAUACCAAGACGACUAGUAUGUGACAGAUAUGUUGAUUGCACGGACGAAAGUGAUGAAAUGUUGUGUGUAAAUGUAACCCAUUAUUCCUGUGAGGAAUGGUGGAAUGCAGGUUAUAGAAAAAAUGGAAUAUAUACUUUAGAAUCGACUGAAGUAGAGUGCAACUUUGAUGCAGUGAAUAAAUACGGAUUAGUUCACACAGUGUUUCGUAAUUUUAAAGAAUAUACUUACAGAAUGCCUGACUUCGGAUGGUCUAUGACCAUGACAACUGUAUUAAACAACUUGAAAAUUAUUGACACACAUUUUCAUAAUGAAAGCUACAGUUGUUUCCAGAAUAUAACCAAAUCAUGUAUUCCUGACUACGAAGCCAUAUCUGAUGUUGCGAGUUGGUAUCGAGAACAUAACUGCACCUGUAUAACUAGGACAGUGGUUCCAUAUAAAGACAGCCAUUUCAACAGUACACUUCAAUUUUGUGAUGCCCGAAGAUUGUUAGACGGGAAUAUUGGAAUCACCGUUUUCACGUCCAGUUCAAGCACUGGAAACAUAAUAAGAGCCUUUACUUACGAUGCCGAAAAUGUUACCUUUGGACCUGUCGUUUGUUCAAAUGUUGAGAAAUUGGAAAGUACAAAUGUGGGUUGCGGAGAGGAAAACAAGGUAUUUCCUGAAUCUGUACGAUGCGUUUUUGACAUUGAUUCCUAUGGUCUCAUCAUUGGUUGCAGAUCUGGACAACAUCUUCAAGGGUGUGAAAACUUUACAUGCCCAAAGAACACUGUUAAAUGUCCCGGUAGCUAUUGUGUGCCAUUGAAGUUUAUUUGUGAUGGACAGAUACAAUGUCCUGGUGGACAGGAUGAGAAGGAAUGUGGAUGUCAGGACGAUGAUCGUGAAGUUUUACUUCUGUACAAUGACACGAUAAGCAGAGAUGAAAAACAGAAGAUACUGAAAAUUGCGGCACAGUUUUACACAACUAACAGUAUUGUUAGGGAGCUACGCUACAAGGCAAAGUUUCGACCAGACAGACCUGAAUUUAACCAUCUUAUGCUAGAUAUUUCAGAUACAGUCGUUAAUCCAUAUAGCACCACCAAUAGGGGGAUUAUUUGCAACUACUCUGUGUUAGCAUCAGACUUUGUCAACAGCAUCAAAUUUUCCAAGACAAAGUCGAGAGGAAUUUUAUAUUUCCAAAAAUAUAAUGAAUCGGACUCUCUUGAUGGGAUGAUGUUUGAAAACAUUAGGUCAACCCCAGAGUUUCUGAUAUACAGAAUUAUACAGCUUCCAUUUGAUGAAAUGUUUAAUUUGAAGACAUAUCCAGUUAUUACAGAUAUAGUGAUAAAAUCUUUGGCGACAUUAGUUGCAGUUGGAUCAAAAUAUUUUCCGGCAUUGUGCAAAGAAGCAGCAAUGAUUUAUUGCCCAAAUGAGUAUAAAUGCGCGGGAAGUAAGACGUGUAUUCCUUUGGUGCAGAUAUGUGAUGGACAAGCACAGUGUUUGCAUGGUGAUGACGAACGAUAUUGUGAAUAUUCAUGUCCAGAAAACUGCACAUGCCUAGAAUACACAACAAAUUGUAGUUUUGCUGACGUAGACUGUAACACUUUACCUUAUGUGCACAGAAACUCCCGUUUGCUUGAAUUGAGCGGGAAUACUAGACUCCGGGACAUACUUGUAAAGCCAAUGUUAAGUUUCCCAUAUCUUGUAUCAUUGAAUAUUUCAAUGUGUGGCAUAGAGGACAUUACCGCAUAUGCAUUUAAAGCAUUAGCGAAUUUGAGAAUAAUGGACCUUAGCUUUAACAAUUUGAUGAGAAUUCCUUCUUUCGCAUUUAGUGGAUUGAGAAAGCUAAAAAUGUUGAACUUACUAGGAAAUAGGGACAUUCAUAUAUUUGAGCCGAAUUCAAUGACCGGUCUGUCAAGUAUAAGAAACAUUGAAAUUUCAGGUGCGAAUAUUCAUAAAAUUUCCUCUAAUACAUUCGCUGAUCUAGAUCUUGAUGAACUAAAAUUGCCUGAUAACAAUAUACAUGAAAUGGAGGACAACGUAUUUUCAGGUAUGAAUGUAAAAAUCAUCGACAUGGAAAAUACUAAAAUAACAAUCUUCAAUAAAGGUUUAUUCCAUGGUGCAUCAGGAAUAACUUCGUUACAUACACCUGCAUUUAAGUACUGUUGUGUUCGUCCGAACUAUUUAGCAGAUGCAGACUGUUUUCCUGAAAAAGACGAAUUUUCUUCGUGUGCAGAUUUGUUGCGGGUUUCUGCACUCCAGACAAUGCUUUGGCUUAUCGGAAUAUUCGCACUUUUUGGAAAUAUUUUGUCCGUCAUUUAUCGUUUAGUCUAUGACAGAGAAAGGCUGAAACUGGGUUUUGGAAUAUUUGUGACAAAUCUUGCUGUAGCAGAUUUCCUGAUGGGAAUUUAUCUUAUAAUCAUAGCAGUAGCAGACGCCGCAUACCGGAAAAGGUAUAUAUUUAUGGAUGACUACUGGAGGAAUAGCAUCUGGUGUACUCUAGCUGGAUUUCUAUCCACCGUUUCGUCAGAGGCCAGCGUUUUCUUUCUAUGUCUUAUUACAUUAGACAGGAUUUUAGUCACUAAGUAUCCAUUUGGUCAAAUACGUUUUAACACGAAAACUGCCGGAAAAUGUUCAGGUAUUGUCUGGAUGCUUUCAGUGUCCGUCGGUCUGAUACCAAUUGUAUAUGAAGAUUACUUUCAGGAUAAGUUUUACUCAAGAUCAGGCAUUUGCAUUGCAUUACCGUUAACCAGAGACCGGCCGCCAGGAUGGUUAUACUCUAUCAUCAUCUUUGUCGGACUUAACUUUGUUACAUUCUGUUUAAUAGCCAUUGGACAGGUCAUUAUUUAUUCGGAAAUUAAAAAGGCAACCUCGGGAAUAAGACGGACUACAAGACAGGAUAAAGAUGGAUCAGCACGACGGAGAGAACUUACUGUGGCAAGAAAUCUUUUGCUUGUUGUAACCACUGAUUUCCUCUGCUGGUUUCCUAUAGGUUGUAUGGGGACGAUGGCAUUGUCCGGUCACGUGAUUCCUGGUGAGGUGUAUGCCUGGACGGCUGUAUUUAUACUUCCCGUAAAUUCUGCGCUAAAUCCAGUUCUCUACACGUUAACAGCUAUUCUUGGAAAGAAAAAAGAGCACGCGCGACAAGAUGCGCUACAAUGUAUACCCAUCAACUCGCCACGCAGAGUCAAGACAACACUACCAUUCAUCAGACUGUUUCGAUAUGGUCUCACAAAGGCAGAUGGUCUUAGUAAGACAUUUGUAAGUUUAGACGCUCUUCGCAAACAAGACAUCAAUCUCACAUCAAAGGAUGUUCUAAAAAUAGCCCAGAAUUUGUCUCGUUGUCUCUACCUUUUACACACAAAUUCACUGAUGGUGAAGCUAGAUGGAAAUGUAGUCUUCGUAAGCGUGGAGGAUGGCAAGGUUACUGGUGACGUACAAAUCAGACAAGAGCCGACAGAGUGUUCUACUGACGAGAUGAAAAGGGAUAAUAUGUCUCAACUUGGACAAGUUGUUCGAUGCCUGCUGGUAAUAUUACAAAAGAAUAAAAGAGGAAAAUGUGCAUGAUAUAGUUUUGGUAAGCAGUGUCUUGGUAGUGUUGGCUCUUAAGAAUAACUCUGAUUUCCAGAGGAUUUACAAAUAUAUUUUUAAUUGUCACAUCAGCUUUGUUCAAAAAGUCGAAUGGUACAUGACGUUGUAUUGAAAUACCUGUUCCGUAUGUUUUUUAUUUGUGUCAUUAAUGGGGUUUAUGGCGCUUGUGUUAAUUAUAUUCAAUGGUGACGGUAACAUUACAUUUCUUAGAAUGGUAUUUCAUGUAAACAAUUUUGCGACAGCUUGGAAAUUAAGUACUGUUUUUAAAUAAUUACUAGUAUAUGAUUUUGUGUAUAUAUAAAAUUAAAUAAAGCCUUUUUCUCAUGUCCAUUACAUUGCUUAGGUAUCCUUGACGUGUUGUAUUAUGUAAAACAAAACAAAGAUAGUCUCAGUAUUUUUUGAGAAAAUCCCUUUUUAAUAAUUAGUCACUUAAAUGUUGUCUGUGUAAGUUUCUCAAACAAACGCGGAACUGCAAUAUAGUUUGUAUGAUACAUUUGAACAUAUACUUAUUUGUUUUUAAUUCCUAUAGUUGAACAAUUCACUGUUAUGUGAUUAUACCGUUAGAUAUUGUGAUGUAAUUUGUACCGUAUAAAUAAAUAUAAAUUUAAUUCUUGACCAUUACCCUUUUUAUACAUAAAUCAUUUAACGUUGUUUUCUAAUUAUUUGUUUGUUUUGGGUUUAACACCAUUUAUCAACAGUAUUUCAGUUGUUUUCUAAUUAAAAUGGUAUUGUGAUUGACAUGUAUUUCUAUUUCAAAUUUAAAUAUCAUUACACAAUUUUAGAAUAAUUUUGUUUUUAUGUAUUCAUUUUUUCAAUGCGAGAUUGUAUUGUUUCUGUAAAAAAUAUUUUAUGCGAGGGAGAAGUAUAAGCAUGUUUGGUAUUGACUUAUCUGGUUGAUGGUACCUCAAGAUAAUUAGAGACUGUCUCAAAUAUGCACGAAUAUUUGUUACCAAGUAUCAUAAUAGACUCCGAAAUUACAACUCAAAACAAGGUCGAAUUCAAUAUGUUACCGUCGACCCUCUACAGAGAUGUUCCGAAAAAGCAACAUCAUAUGUGGUCUAUCUUAUACACAUUUUAUUUAAAUUAUUAGCUGACAUCUAUACUACAAAAAGGUUACCGUCGUCAUAUUUCAGUGUUAAGUAACCUAUAUAUAAAACGAACCUAAGAACAGUUCUUAAGGUAUGUAAUGACGGUUUUGCAUAAAAAUGAACAAUAUAAAAUUGUCCAAAGUCAGCUUGAUUUUACAAAUACAAUUUCUCAGUACCAAACUAGACAUAAAAACGUUUAUUUUAGUUUUCAGUAAAUAUUACUAUCAGGUUAUUUGUGCAAGGAAGCCGUCGUAUGCAAAGAGGUGCUAACUUGGAACACAAUAUACAUGCUUCAUACUUUUUUGAGAAAAGUAUGUGCGAUCAAGGGACGAUUGAAUUAUGUACCCUUUCAAGGAUUACGUCUCACAAAAUGUUUGCAACUCUGCUAAGUAAAAUAUCAUCUGUAUUUCUAAUUUUAUUGACAUCAGUACAUCUAGUAAUUUAUCAAGUUUAGAUAAUGGCUAGUGUAUGUUGGCCGGACCGUGAAUUAGGCUCUGGUAGCCGAUAAAGGAUUUCUUCGACAAAAGAUAGCACUAUUUCUCUGAACAUUAUACUAAAUCAUAAGCAUCGACUCACUAAAUAUAAUUUCCUUGUUAUUGUGCGACCUCUAAGUACAAAUUACCAACAGUUUUAGCACUCUGACAAUAUUGCAAAUGCAUAUAAAACUGGAUGCCCACGGGCAACAUGUCGAGCCCGUCAGCUGUCAAAAGGACUGGGAGUUGCACACGACACUCUGUCGCAUUGAGGCAAACAUUUAUGCCAAAUAAAAAAAAGAUUGCAAAAAGUUACAAUGUAAGUUAUUUGUAGUAACAAUAAAGGGAAGAAAACCUUUAAAAAAAAUUGUAAGUCCACACAAAAACCCUUACCAGUAGAGAUAGGUCAAAAUACACCUCAAAAUUGGAUGUAACAUGCAUGUUGUACUACAGAAAAGUGGUCCUGAUUUUUCCCUACCACCAGUAAUAAAAAAAGUUAAAAUACAAGCUGUUUAUAGUAUCAACAAAGGGAAGUAAUUCUAGGUUCUUGCGCAUGACACUCUGUCUCAUUAUGAUGAACAAUUGUGCCAAGUUACAUCAAAAUCCCUCUAUGCAUGAAAACGAAAUGCUCCGGACAAAGUCAUUCUUGUAUCUGACCUUUGACCUAUAAAUGUGACCUUGACCUUAGAUCUAAGGACCUGGUUCUUGCGCAUGAUACUCUGUCUCAUGAUGGUGAACAUUUAUGCCAAGUUACAUCAAAAUCCCUCCAUGCAUGAAGAAGAAAUGCUCCGGACAAAGUUGUCAUUCUUGUAUACUUUGACCUCUAAAUGUGACCUUGACCUUAGACCUAGGGACUUGGUUCUUGUGCCUGACACUCCGUCUCAUGAUGGUGAACAAUUGUGCCAAGUUGCAUCAAAACCCCUCCAUGCAUGAAGAAGCAAUGCUCCGGACAAAGUCGUUAUUGAAUUUGUCCUUUGACCUCUAAGUGUGACCUUGACCUUGGAGAGAGGAACCUGGGGUUUGCGCAUGCCACUUCGUCUUACUGAGGUUAACAUUCAUGCCAAAUAUAAACAAGAUUGCUCUAUGCAUGUCAAAGUUAUGGUCCGGACAAACAAAUCCGGACGCACGCACGCACGCACGCACUGACGCACGCACGCACAUACACCGAACAGCCAUUUGGACAACUAUGUCUUCGCUUCCGCAAGCGGGCUCGACAAAAAGAUUCACACCAGUUUUCUAAGCACGAUGGAGCAUGUUAAACUGUUUAAAAGUGUAGCCCUUUUCUUGGUUCAUAUUCAAGAAUACAAAAUGUAUUGCCAAUAGAUGACAAAAUAUACAUGUUUAUGCUGAACAACCAUUUUUUAUACGUUAUAGUGUAAUACAUUCAUCUAAACGUUUUCCUAAAACUUACAUCCAAACGUUUUCCUAAAACUUACAUCCAGAGAUAAGACAAAGAGUUAUUACAAUGGGAAAAGAAUGGGAUAUUGAACAUAUAUUUUUUACUUUACUCGUACACUACAUAUAGUGGUAAGUUUAACAGUGUUGUUUUUUGGUGACGGGUUUACCCCGCUACCAAAGUAACAAGUCUAUUUCUGACAAUCAUAUUGAAGCUUUAUUUUAUUCCAAUUCAUGUCAAAUAGGUGUUCAUGCGCUACACAAAAUAGUCCCAUUCAUGAACUUUGCGGAUGAAUUAUCAAUGAACAAGCAAUUCUAAUUCAACCUGUAUCCAUUCAAACUGACCAUUUAGAUUAUAUAAAAUCUAUCAAUGAUACGGUAUUCCAAUCCAUGCUUACCUCACUGAUUUACAGCUGGCAAUUUUGAUAAGUUCAUGUAAGGUCAGGCAGGGUUCAGCUUAGAUAUCACGCAUAUUUGUAUUUGUUUCUAACACAUGUAUAUUUAUAGUUUGGCAUUUGCUUUGAUACCAGUAGAGUGUAACCAAUAGAUAGAUAUAUUACAUUGUAUCUACAACGCAAUUCAUAAGUGAGAUAUUUAUAAAGGAAAGGUGAUGAAUGCUAAUAUUUCACAGUGAAGUUUUGUUUCUUGAUAUGAAUGCAAAGUAUUUGCUGUCUUUGUUAUGCUCCCCGAAGGCAAAGCAUAUAGUCGACGCUUCGUCCGUCCGUCCGUCCGUCCCGCAAUUCUUGUCUGGAGUAUUUCUCAAAAACCACUGAUUGAAAUUUAAGGAAACUUCAUAGGAAGCUCCACUAUGAAGAGGAGAUGCGCAUAUUGUCUUCGUGUUCCUGUCAAAUGAUUUUCCACAGAUUUAUUGCCCUUUAAUUAUUCAUUAGUAGUAUAAUAUAGUGCCAUUCUUGUCCGGAGUGUUUCCCAGCAACCACUGGUUUGAGUUUAGCCACAAUUCAUAGGAUGGCUGUUCGUCAAGUUGAGCUAUGCAAAUUGUCUUCAUGUUGCGGCCGGAUUAUUUUUCACAGACUUAUUGCCCUUUGAUUUUUCAAUAAUACUGUACUAUAGUACAAUUCCUGUACAGAGUAUUCCUCUGCAACCACUGGUUGGAAUUCAGCUUAACUUCAUAGGAAGCUUCGCUAUUCAGAGGAAAUGAGUACUGUAUAUUGUCUUUGUGUUCUGGUCAAAUGAUUUUUCACCAAGUUAUUGCCUUUUGAUUAUUUAACAUUAGUAUGCUAUGGAACAGCAGUUGUAGCAAUAACUGGUUAUAAUUCUGCCAAACUUCAUAGGAAGCUUCACUAUCAAGAGAAGAUGCGUAUAUUAUCUUUGUGUUUCGGUCGGAUGUGUUUUCGCUAUUGCCCUUUGAAUAUCUACAGUACAAUGUCUUGUGCGGAAUAUUCCUCAACAACCACUUUCUGAAAUUCAUCAAAACUUCAUGGAAAGCUUAAAGCACAAAAAGAGUGCGCAUAUUUUCUUUAUGAUUUUUCACUGAGUUACUGCCUUUUUAGUAUUGAACAUAGUAUACUCUACAUUUGUAGUACAAUUUCUUGUCCGGAGUGUUCUCCAGCAACCAAUGGCUGCAAUUCACAGAAACGUCGUAGGAAACUUCACUUUCGAUAGGAGAUGCGCAUAUGAUCUGCAUGUUUUGUUUAGAUGAAUUUCACUGAGUUAUUCCCUUUUGAAUAUUCAACAUUAGUAAACUAUAGUGUCAUAAUCGUCAUGAAUUCCACUUUUGUUGUUUCGAAUUUAAUUUGUAAUAAUGCAUAUUUCGGGGAGCAUCCAUCGGUUUUAUUUCAUAUAGUUACAUUUUGUACAGUUGACAUGACAUUUUUAAUAGUCAAAAUGUAAAUUAAACAGAAAGUAUAUUUAUCAAAACCCGCCACCACCAGAUAUCUCAAGGCUUUGAUUUACGAUAGUAUGCAUGCAAGUAUUUAAUUCCUUUAAACAAGAAGCAAACCUGUAUACCCUGCUGAAAUACGUUUUCUUGUUUGUUUAUAUUACUACAUACACAGCUCCGCAAAAACAGAUUAAAGAUGAUGCGAUAACAUAGGAUUAUCUUGUGCGUACUUGUAAUGAAAAAUGUACUAUGAGAGUUAUUCAUUGACUUCUUCGAAUUGCUCGAUAAAGUCGGGUAAAUUUGCUUAAAGUGACCUGUACGUUUGAAACAUGAUUGUAACAUAUGUACUUUUACAGGUAAGGCCAUAUUUUGUUAAAAGCUUGUUCUGGAUUUUAACACAAAUGACGCUUAUUGUAGGAUUUAGGAGAAAAGCAUCAAUGAGUCUAACACUUUAUUAGUUAUCGCACCAUCAGCGAUUAAUUGUAGAGGGGUCAAUCAUAAAACAAGGUUACAUUGUACCAGUUCAGUUCCUUCUUUAUUUCAUAUAAAUCUUCAUACCUCAUUUUCAGCACUUUAGAGCAUUUCAAUGAUAUAAAAACGAUAUAUAAACAUUUAGUACGACAUGUCUUCUUACCAAAAAUAAACAAUAUUAAGACGUCUUUUUAGUAUAAGAAAAAUAAUCUGUUCUGAAAAACAUAACUUUCCGAAAAUGCUCUUAUGAAAAUUGCCGUUUAGUAAUAACGCGUAUAUAGACAUAUUCUUAAUGAAUAAAACUAAAACUUGGAAAUUCACAAUGAGAGUGCACUAGAUUUAUUUUUUUGCAAAGGCGCGGAGUAUUUGUGAUGGCUUUUUGUGAGAUCAGUGUGCAGUGUAUGUCGUAAAUGACGAUUUUUUCCUUUCGAUUUGCGAAAUUUCAAAUUUUUAUCUUUAAUGUCUGAUAUGGCCAUUAAUAAUGGCAUCAGAUUAAACAACACAAACGAGAAAAAUAAGUUUCACUAGAAAAAAGAAGCAGGAAAGGAAUCAAAGAGCAGCAAAGAAAGCAUUUUGUGUCGGACAUCACUUUAAAAAUUCCUUUCGUUUUCAGUUUGAUGGAUGCGCCAGAAAAAAAGUUACCCUUUUCGUUUGUAAUAAUUUUAUUUUUUAUUUUAUUUUAAAUAUUGAUUUAUUAUAUUAUAGUCAUAGUUAUUUGUCACAUUUAUUUCAUAUGGUAGGGGUUAUAGGCCUUUUAUUCCAACCGAAAUUCCGGAUACUGCUUUGUACAGUUAAUUUAUGCUAAUUUUUAAACCUUUUAAUUAUGUUACUUUUUUUGGUACAGUAUAUAAGUAAGUUUUAUACAAACUACUUCUGUAUUAGUAUUUGUUAAGAACUGUUGUGCAUUUGUAAAUGAUUGUUGUAUGUUGUAUACUGUGUUGUUACUAUACAUGUAUUUUAUCUCACUCUGCAACUGCUUAAAGGUACAAGGUUCUGUCAUCUUAAUGUAGGCAUGACUAUUUCCGUUCCUCUUUUGGUAAUCAACACAAACUUAUUACACAAUACGUACGCCUGGAACAAACAUCUAUAAACAGUUUCUUAUAUUUUUUGUUUUAUAUUUUAAUUAUGUUCUAUGUGUUUAAUGUUUGAUAUGAAUUAUUAUUAUACAAAUGUCACCUGACAAUAAGGCAAAUAACUGGUCUUUGAACCAAGGUGGCUUGCAUUUUAAAGUAUCCUUGCUCUAUUAUCUCAAUGUAUGCUUCCUUCAGGCUGACCUUUAGCAAUAACUGGCUUUCUUGAGAGGUGGCUGAUUGCACAAAAUUGACCGUUUGUCCUUCCGAAAUACCAUUUGAUCAGUGUAUGACUGUAUAUAGUGGUAAAGGUGUUUAUACUAAUGACCUGUUUAGUUAACAUUCAUUUCUGCAUAUUCAGAAGCUGUUCUACUAAGGAAGAGGUGAAGAAAACAACAACAACAACAACAACAAUACCCUCUAAGUAAAUACAACAACGUAAUCUUCAACAUAUAACAAUUGGGUUAUAAUUUUCUUGUUUCUAGGCGGAAUAUAAUGAUGUUUCUUGUGUUCCAUUCAUUGUACAUUAUAGUGCUUCCUCCUCAUUUAACUUGAAAGUAUAAUACAGAGCCCACAUUCUUGAUUAGAUGUUUAUCAGAAUAAUGGUUUUGAUAACAUCUGAGCUAAGUUUGAAACUCAGUUAUUUCGGAUGAACCACUACGUAUGCCUGAAUUUAGGCACAACCUUGUGUACGCAAUACAUUUAAUCCCAUAUACCGAAACUUAGAGGUCAAUUUCGCAUAUGGGUCAUUAUCAGUCAAUAAUUAGGCCACUAAGUACAACAAAAAAAUCCUGCUAACACUACAAAGGCAAUGUUUUUUCUCCAACAUUCAUGUUUGCCUAGGGUCUACAACAAAGACACCAGGAUCAUUAUAUCAUCUCCUGUUCUAUCAGUUCUACAUACACUACUUUGUUUGGCGCGGAGUUUCCCUUUGCUGCAUUUUGCAGCAACUUUCGUACUUGUAUGCUUUUCAGUAAAAACAUUGAACUACAUUUUGGACUACCUCACAUGAGAAGUCACUUCUUAUUUGUUGUAACCAGUCCACAAAUAAGGGACAAGGAAUUAACGGACAAGUUGUCUGUAUAUUGGAUCAAACAAAUUUUAACGCUCCUUUAAUAUUUUUGCACUAUUUGUCAUAGUACUGAAAUUACAUUUAUGUAAUUCUUGCACAGUCAAACAAAUAUACCAAAUAUAAUUUAAGUGUUCCGCUAAACCAUAGGAGUCAGCAUGAUUUGUUAAACUUAACAGUAUCACCAAUAUUUAGAUCGACAUCAAAACUGAAAUUAGUGUAAAUAUUUUAAUAUUUUAUGAACUGUCGAUUAGCAGUAUCUUUCUUUCAUUUUUUCUUUUCCUUUUUUUCCUUUUUGGCUGAAUUUUCUUAAACUGAUUUUCACAAAACAAAAAUAAUCGUAAAACCAGUGAAAUUAAUGCACUGUUACUGGCUUUAGAGUUAAGUAAGUUAUAACGAAAAUAUAAUUUAACCAGUUUUGCCGCUGCUAGAAAGACAUACAAAAUGUAAGACUUGAAAGAAAUAAGUGUAAGUGUAAUUUAGUUGUUUUUUUUCCAAUGUUAAAUGUUUCAAUCAGACAAUUUUUCACUUCCUAUUUCAUAAAAUAAUAAUAUUUCAUUGAUUGGGAUAUGUUCUCUGAAACUAUUUUGUUCCACUUCAAUACUUGCAAUACGUUGAAUUGUUCUUGGAAAUUAGGGUAGUUAGCAACUAUGUUCAGCAUAUGUUGCAACAUAGCUCAUAUUAACAUCAACAAAAUAGAAUAAUGCAAAUAUUUCAUUUAAUUGAAUGUAUGACCAUUCCUCAGUUUUAAAAAGUCACAGAAAUACAGAUGAAUGUUUCGGCCUCACAAGUUGAUCAGUUACCAUUUAUAAUGAUACAGAUAGGUCGAAUUUGAAUUUUCACUGAUACAUGGUCAAAUAUCCAAUCAGAGAAACGUGUCUUUUUAACAUAAUGUUCCUGUCCUUAAACGACAUUUGCAAGAUUGUUUUUUAUAUGUAUUUUUGUGGCUUAUUAUGAAGUAAGAUAUAAUAACUGUGUUAAGAGUAUUACAAAACUAUGCUUUGUUAGUUAUUUCACUACUUUUUAUACAUAUGUAGCAAUAAAUUCAUUCCUCUACUA